AUGACGCAGGACUGGAGCCAGGGCUUCAUGGGAGAGCUCCAGCUGAACAGCAGAAACAGCUCCGCCGAGAAGCUCCCCGUGCACCUUGAACUCCCUGCGCCCGAGAGGAGGAGGAGCAGAAGGGAGAGCUCGGACGACCGAGUUCUGCUGCCAGAAGUGCAGGAGCAGCUGGGAAGAGGCAGAUGGAAAUCCAAGUCGAAGAUGUCAAUGAAGAUGUGCGCGAUGAUCAGUCCGAAGCGAUGUGUGAAGAACGCCUUUGAGGAGUUUGAGGAUUGUGUUGACCUGGUGUUGUUGAACCUGGAGUCUGGGAGGGGCGAUCCGUCCGUGCAACGUGACGGUCUCCUUUGGAGACCGGCGGUUCCUGCACCAUAG